AUGGCGCUCGUGACUUUCUUGCCGAAUGUGUGGCUCGGGAACACACUGCAAACGAAAUACUUUAACCACGGCAGCAUGACGACGAAAGUGCUGUUUGUAGCGGGCAUGGUUUUCACCACCUCGGCGUUCUUCGUGGUACGCUUGUUGCUGGUGUACAAUGCUGGCUAUGCUUGGGCUGUAGACUUGCUGCUGGGAAAGAUGGGGUCGGUGUCUCGAGUCGUGCUGGCUGUGACUUUGCCCCCUGUGGUUGAUGCCAUUCAGAGCAUCGUUCUCCUCAGCACGGGCAUGGAGCUGGAGCCCGAGGCACCUCCUGAGCAGGCCUAG